CUUAGAAGAGUGGCUGGCAUUGUUGGGUGUCGGUGUCUUGGCAUCUGGGUAACUCGACAUGAUUGCAUCCAGUGUCCUUGCAUUCGCUAACAGGUCAAAAUGCAGAUCUUCGUGAAGACCCUGACCGGCAAGACCAUCAACCUAGAGGUAGAGCCCAGUGACACCAUCGAAAAUGUGAAGGCCAAGAUCCAAGAUAAACAGGGCAUCCCCCCUGACCAGCAGAGGCUCAUUUUUGCAGGCAAGCAGCUGGAAGAUGGCCACACUCUUUCUGAUUAUAACAUCCAGAAAGAGUCGACCCUGCACCUGGUUCUGCGCCUGAGGGGUGGCAUGCAGAUCUUCGUGAAGACCCUAACCGGCAAGACCAUCACCCUGGAGGUGGAGCCCAGUGACACCACUGAAAACGUGAAGGCGAAGAUCCAAGAUAAAGAGGGCAUCCCCCCUGACCAGCAGAGGCUUAUCUUUGCUGGCAAGCAGCUGGAAGAUGGCCGCACUCUUUCUGAUUACAAUAUCCAGAAAGAGUCAACUCUCCACCUGGUUCUCCGUCUGAGAGGUGGCUGUUAAUUCUUCAGUCUUGAAUUCAUAGUGCCCAAUGAUGGCAUUGCUCUGCACUAUAGCCAUUUGCCCCAAUUUAAGUUUAGAAAUUACCAGUUUCAGUAAUAACUGAAUCACUGGUUUUCUCAAUAGCUGUUCAAAAUGUUAAUGAAAGUUUUGUUGCAUGGUAGCAU